UGACAAAUAAACUAAGUGAAGAUUUCCAAGUUAACCAAGUUGUGAAUGUUUUCCUAGAAUUACUGUGGAAACUGGCUGGCUAAGGAAUUUGUGCUUAGUUAUUAUGUCUUUGGCAGUAAAAGUAAGAGAGGGUAGAAAUAAGCUUGAGUUGGACUGAACGAAAACAACAUAGGAGAGACAUUAAGUGGGGUGAGUUGAGGUGCACAUCAUAGGGCAAUUCCUUGUCGGUUUAACACAACAGAAGAACAAUGCACUUUGAAUAAAAACUAUCCUUUCGAUUUUUCGUGUUGAGGGUAUCUAAUAUGUUUGUGUAUAUAUCUCCUUCACAAACCACACAAGUAAAAAAGCUAGAAUCGAACUGGGUUCAUAGAAGGUGCAAUACAAGGUAAGCAAACACAUUUGGCUUUUUGUCGAACAGCCUUGAAAAUGAGCUUUGGAAGCAGAGGGAAGCUGAAAGAUACAAGCUUGAGCACAUCAGCUGAAAGCAACAUGAACAGCAGGAGGGACAAGGUACUGGCUCAGUACAGUGCAGAUGCUGAGAUUCUGGCUGAAUUUGAGCAGUCUGGUGUGUCUGGCAAAUCAUUUGACUACUCCAGGAUGGUCCUUGAUCCUCCCAGGUUAGUGUCUGGAGAAAAAAUGACUGCAUAUCUGUCAAAAAUCCAAAGGGGUGGCCUUAUCCAACCCUUUGGUUGUAUGCUUGCAAUUGAGGAACCCACUUUUAGGAUCAUUGGGUACAGUGAGAAUUGCUUUCAGUUGUUGGGUUUGGAGAGGCAAAUUGACUCUAAGAUGUUAAUAAAUUUGAUUGGGGUUGAUGCAACAACCCUUUUCACUCCAGCUUCUGGGGGUUACCUAGCUAAAGCUGUGGCUUCCAGGGAAAUUUCUCUUCUGAACCCGAUUUGGGUCUAUGCAAGGACAACCCAGAAGCCAUUUUAUGCCAUACUGCAUAGGAUCGAUGUUGGGGUUGUGAUUGAUUUGGAGCCUGCGCGGUUGAGUGAUCCAGCAUUGUCACUUGCCGGGGCAGUUCAAUCACAGAAGCUGGCUGUGAGGGCUAUUUCAAGGCUGCAAUCUCUUCCUGGGGAAGAUAUUGGCUUGUUGUGUGACGCAGUUGUUGAGGAAGUGCAUAAGCUUACUGGAUAUGACAGGGUAAUGGUUUAUAAGUUUCAUGAGGAUGAUCAUGGUGAAGUUGUAGCUGAGAUUAGGAGGUCGGAUUUGGAGCCUUACCUGGGUUUACAUUAUCCUGCCACAGAUAUCCCUCAAGCUUCUCGCUUCUUGUUCAAGCAGAACCGGGUUAGGAUUAUUUGUGAUUGCCAUGCAAAGCCAGUUAAGGUCAUUCAGAGUGAAGAAUUAAGGCAACCUCUUUGCUUGGUGAAUUCAACACUUAGGUUACCACAUGGUUGUCACACACAGUACAUGGCCAACAUGGGAUCAAUUGCUUCUCUGGUGAUGGCAAUUAUAGUCAAUGGAAAGAAUGAAACAAGGCUUUGGGGUUUGCUAGUUUGUCAUCACACUUCACCACGUUAUGUUUCUUUCCCGGUUCGCUAUGCUUGUGAGUUCCUAAUGCAGGCUUUUGGACUGCAACUUUAUAUGGAGAUUCAAUUGGCAUCACAAAUGGCGGAAAAGAGAAUGCUUAAAACUCAAACCUUACUGUGUGACAUGCUCCUUCGUGAUGCACCAUUCGGCAUUGUGACUCAGUCUCCAAGUAUCAUGGAUCUUGUGAAGUGUGAUGGGGCUGCCUUAUUUUAUGAUGGAAUAUGCUGGUUGUUAGGUACAUCCCCAACUGAAGCACAGGUAAAAGACAUUGCAGAAUGGCUACUUAGUAAUCAUGGGGAUUCAACAGGUUUGACAACAGAUAGUUUAGCUGAUGCUGGUUAUCCAGGUGCUGCUUCACUGGGUGAUGCGGUUUGUGGCAUGGCCACGGCAAGAAUCAAUUCAAAACAUUUCUUGUUCUGGUUCAGGUCUCACACUGCUAAGGAAGUCAAAUGGGGAGGAGCCAAGCACCAUCCAGAGGAUAGGGAUGAUGGAGGAAAAAUGAACCCAAGAUCAUCAUUCAAAGCUUUUCUUGAAGUAGUCAAAAGCAAAAGUUUGCCUUGGGAAGUGUCAGAAAUCAAUGCCAUUCACUCAUUACAACUAAUGAUCAGAGAUUCUUUCCAAGACACUGAGAUCACCGGUCCAAAGCCUUCAAACUAUGUGCAGAAAACUGACACUUCAACUGGAGCGAUGGAUGAACUCAGUUCAGUAGCACUUGAAAUGGUGAGAUUAAUCGAGACUGCAACAGUUCCGAUUUUUGGGGUUGAUUCAGGUGUUGUAAUCAAUGGAUGGAAUUCAAAGAUUGCUGAACUGACAGGUUUACAAGUCAUUUUAGCUAUGGGGAAAUCCAUGGUAAAUGAAAUUAUACAUGCGGACUCAUGUGACACUUUUAAAAAUACUCUACGCAGAGCCUUGCAAGGAGAGGAGGACAAAAGUGUUGAGUUGAAAAUAAAGCACUUUGGGCUUCAACAGCAACAGAAAGUUGUAUAUCUCAUGGUCAAUGCUUGCACUAGUAGGGACUACACAGAUUCUGUUGUUGGGGUAUGCUUUGUAGGUCAAGACAUCACUUAUGAGAAAAUGGUUCAAGAUAAAUUCAUCAAGUUGGAAGGUGAUUACAAAGCAAUAGUGCAGAGUCUCAGUCCACUGAUUCCACCCAUAUUUUCUUCUGAUGAGAGUGCCUGCUGUUCUGAAUGGAAUGCAGCCAUGGAAAGGCUAACUGGUUGGAAAAGAGAUGAAGUCAUAGGAAAAUUGCUUCCUGGUGAANCCUUCAAAUCACCGACACAGAUUUAUUUACACAACCUCAAACCAAUGAUGAAGUUUAGUGUUUCAUAG